CGUUGGUUCACAUCCGGGUGAUGUUUACCGCAAAAGGGAAGAGCAUCCCGGUCCUGCUAACGAACCGCCGCUAGAUGUACCUCCACCACCCAUCCGACCGAACCAAUACAUCGCCGAUCCUGCUCAUAUAUCCGCCCGUUAUCGAUCACUUGAAAUCUGGAGGUGCUACGUCAGAUUCGCGGGGAGCGACGCGUUGCUAACGAGCUGCUAACGAGCUAACGUUCAUGUCGGGCGGACUUCCUCCGAGCUCGGAUAUUUCUACGACGAGCUGGCGCCUCUUCAUCCCAUCCUGCCCAACAUCCUGCUCAGGGGCUUCACGCACUCGGUCCUCGUAGCUCUGUCAGUCUGCACCACCGCGGCGUCGGACCGGCCUGACGCCUUUCACCAGAGGGCGCGAGCAGCCGAAGCCGAUGCGAAGCACCGCGCGGGGAUCUCCUUAGAGCCGCGCGUCCUGGAGAGCAGCUGCGCCGCCUUCCAGUAUCGAGCCCAGAAGCCGUCAGAGGGAGGCGACUGUCCCCGACGCGGAGCCGCAGAGCUAGCGAUGCCCGGAUCCACGCCGGCCAGCAGCAAGGCUCGGGUGUACACCGAUGUCAACACACAGAAGAACAGAGAGUACUGGGACUACGACGCACACGUGCCAAACUGGAGCAAUCAAGACAACUAUCAGCUGGUGCGUAAGUUGGGUCGAGGGAAGUACAGCGAAGUAUUCGAGGCCAUAAACGUGACCAACAAUGAGAAGGUGGUGGUGAAAAUCCUCAAGCCCGUCAAGAAGAAGAAGAUCAAACGCGAAAUCAAAAUUCUUGAAAACCUGCGCGGGGGGACCAACAUCAUCCGCCUGGUGGACACGGUGAAAGACCCGGUGUCGAGGACACCAGCGCUCGUCUUUGAGUGCAUCAAUAACACAGAUUUUAAGGAGCUUUACCAGAAGCUGACCGACUACGACAUCCGUUACUACAUGUAUGAGCUGCUCAAGGCUCUGGACUACUGCCACAGUAUGGGCAUCAUGCACCGCGACGUGAAGCCCCACAACGUGAUGAUUGACCACCAGAUGAGAAAGCUGCGUCUCAUAGAUUGGGGUUUGGCAGAGUUCUACCAUCCCGCUCAGGAAUACAACGUCCGGGUGGCCUCCCGCUAUUUCAAAGGCCCUGAGCUGCUAGUGGACUAUCAGAUGUAUGACUAUAGUUUGGACAUGUGGAGUCUAGGCUGCAUGUUGGCCAGCAUGAUCUUUCUGAAGGAGCCGUUUUUUCACGGCCAGGACAACUACGACCAGCUGGUCCGCAUCGCUAAGGUUCUGGGCACAGACGAGCUCUUCGGUUACCUGCACAAAUACCACAUAGAACUGGACACUCGCUUCAAAGACCUGCUGGGACAGCAGACGAGGAAGCGCUGGGAGCAGUUCAUCCAGUCAGAGAACCAGCACCUGGUGAGUCCGGAGGCUCUGGACCUUCUGGACAAGCUGCUCCGCUACGACCACCAGCAGAGGUUGACGGCGGCCGAGGCCAUGCAGCACCCGUACUUCUAUCCCGUGGUGAAGGAACAGGCGAACGCCAACACAGACGGCACAAAGGCCAUAAGCAGCUCCAAUGCGACAUGAUAACCAGAGAGCAGAUUUGCACCACCCUCAUGAGGUAGUGACCCUGGAUGGUUCUCCAGCGGGCUUGAAGGAGCUCCAGAGGUGCUGAGCGCUUGUUGGCUGCUUCCCUCUGCGGUCCAACUCAGCCGGGUGUUUAGGUGGAGGCCUGGUCAUGUGACCCGGGACUCCGUCACGCUCCUUCUUGGUCAAAGAGCCCUUGCAGAGCCUGGAGGUCUGUCCCUGAUCCUUCAGGGCGGGAACCACACAUCCACAAUCCCUUUUCUGCGUCUCUCAAAGACUCUGCGAGUGGUUUAUUGUCCCUCCCUUGCAGCGGGUCGACCCCACAGGCCUGAUUCUGAAACCGGGGAUGUGUCUGCUACUUAAAGCAUUUCUGUGGGAUCUGAUCUGAGGUUGGUAACUAAUGAACUUCUCCUCGGCAGCAGUCUAGGUCUUCCUGUCCUGGCGCGUCCUCAUGAGACACUUUUCAUCACAGCAUUGGUUUUCUCCACUACUUGAGGAUGCAGUCAACGUUUUUGUAGUCGUCUGGAUGACUGACCUCGCUCUCAAGUAAUGGAGUGUUGUCCUUUACUUAGUUGAGUGGUUCUUGCUGUAAUCCAGAUUACAACUGUAGUGGAAGAGGUUUAUUCACCGCAUAGAACUCUACACCAACCCGACUGAUGGUCUCAAACACAUUGAGAGGGCAGGAAAUCAACUCUUGAAGAGGCACAGUUAAAUGAAACCCUUCCAGUUGACUACCUCGUGAAGAAUCUAAAAUACCAACUUCAAAUGUUUACCAGAUACUUGUUUGUCCUUGUCUUCAAUAUUAAUCUACAAUGUAGAUAAAUAUAUAUGGUUAACCAUUAAAACAUGGUACGAAUGAGUCAAAACAGCCGCACGUGACAUUGAGUAUUUUGACUUACUGACCUUUAAAUUACUGACUUCCUCUUCAACCGGCCUUUUGUUCGUUAACGUUAGCUGCAGUAGCCGCGUAAGAGAUUAAGCUAACGUUACAUUCAUCUUUGGUACGUUUCCUCGUUUUUUUUCUUCUCCCAUGAUCCCACUUCACCAAAAGAAACCAGACAGCCGGUUGAGUGUGUACUUUUUAAUAAAUAAACUGGAACUUCAAGUUUAUUUCCAGAACACAAAAACUUGUGCAACAUUCGUGCGUGACAGAUGAGCGCCUUUGUUUUUCAUUUUUUUGAAUGGCUUAAAUUGUAAACAAGGUACAAUCAAUUUCUAAUCUAAUUCAGCAUUUUUAGAGAAGUAUAAUUUACAAUUGUCACUCUUCUCUCCCCCCUAUUUUUUUGUAAGUCAAAACCCGGACUGAGCCGUCUCGCUCAUAAAACAGGGUCAAGGGUCAACCAUAGCAAAAAGAAGCCUGCGGACACGCCCAUAGAAAGACACGCCCACAAAUUCCCCCAAACGCCAUCAGUCAGUGUCCCCGGGGACGAAAAAUAAAUGGCACUAUUGCAGAUGAUCUUCACGUUAAAAGCAGCUUGAUAUUUUGGGAAAUGCGCUUAUUGGCUUUGUUGCAGAGAGUAAGGAGAAGAUUUUCAGCCUCAUGAGGGUUUUCCCUUCACUAGUCUUUCUAGUGUCAGACAAUGUGAGUCAAGCUCAGCUACUAGCCGGAUAUGCUAACGUCAUAACUAUUUCCUUAUUCUUGUGGUUUUAGUUGUAUUAAUUUAGAGCCCGAUGUGUAAAUAUGAAGCCGAUUUAACUCCUAAUUUAAUGCUACAUACCGAGUGGCUGUUGAGCUUCUCAUCUGGCUUUCUGCAAGAAAUCAUGUCCUCUGCCAGAGGGGGGUCACGUCACAGUAGCGCAUCGAUCCGCAAAGAGCACCAAGGACACUAAUAAGUCGAUAACAAGCAGCUCAUUAUCGUCUUCGUAAUAACACUCAUUUUAAAAACGUUUGACUCCACUGGCACUUGAUUUAGUGUGUGUCCUUUUAAAACAAUGCAAACAACGUAAGGCAUUAAACAAGAUAAAAAGUAUAAAACUAAUACCAGAGACAUUCAGUUUGUUCUUCCAAAGUAAAAAAAAAAAAAAUAUUUGCAUAAAUGAAGCACAAUUAAAUCCGUACGUUAGCGUGUCCUGUACAGGCGGCGGAUGCAGUGAUUAUGUACGAGUUUACAUAUUUAAUGUUGGUUACAUCGUAGUUGCAGUAUUGAGGUAACUUCAUAGUAGUAGCAAAGAUGGGGGGGGG